UACAAGAUUAAAGCUUACCAAGUCCAAUACCCCAGUCACGAUGGGAACCUCCCCAUAGGCUGGACGGCGCACGUACACCCAGAAGGUGCUCGCUACUUCCUGCAUCAUCAGACGAGAACAUACACGGAGUCAGAUGUCUGUUCGCCGGAGGUAUUGAACGAUAUCGUCUACUUCUCUAAUUAUCUUCACGGAGAACUCCGCCUCGCUAUUGACACCAAGAAGAUUGACAUUGACUACGACGAGGUGGAACUGGUCCUUGAACCGAAGAAAGCAGGGGACACGGAGAUUAUAUGCUGCUACUACUUCGUUAACCCUGCAGAAAGAUGUCUUUUCUGGCUAGAUGAAUAUGAUGCAGAGGAUAUGCUAGGGGAGUGUCGGGGGGUUACUGCUUUAUCCCACAAACGACUAGCAGUGCAAGCUCAAUACUGGUGUCACUGGGAAAUGUUUCCUAACCUUUGUCUGGUUGCGCAAGAUAUAUUGGAUGAGCUUAGAGAACUUAUGCUCCAUGCCACUUGCGAUCACCUCACAACCACACGGUCCGCAGCAGCAUUAAGCGCCGAUGAGCUCAAGCAAUACUUUGAGAUUGUACGGGUGACACACAUCUCAUCUAAUACCGCUGACCAUAUAUUAACAGGGCGAAUUAUGCACACUUUCUGUCGCAACCAGUACCUGAACUUCCAUGGUCAACCAUGUGCUCGGUUAAGCGUCGACCAGACAGUACGAGGCUGGAGCUAUAAGCCAUCGAUUUACAUGACUAUAUUUGCUCCACUCCUUUGCAUGGCCCCCGUCGCUCACGUGCGAUCCCUGCACACCAGCUUUGUAGACGAUCUCGCAAGUACCGCAGAGUGGAAGAUAUUCAUCACGAGACUAAAUGGGCAACUCCAGAAUCUCAACCUUCUUGGUACGGUGCUCCUUGGUGCCAAUGUUGGUUUUUUGGCAAUCCAAUCAGUCGACUCGGGCACCGGGCGUUCUCCGACGCAGAUAGCUAGUUACAUGUCGCUGGUUCUUAGUUUCGGUUCUAUUGCUCUGGGUCUGACGUUCAUUGCUCUGGAUCUUACUGGUAGGGACCGUGGCUCUGAGGCUGCGAGGUUUUUGCAACGGAUGAAUGAUGGUAAACGUGGUCUGGAAAAGUUGGCAAUUAUCUAUAGUCUCCCUUACGCACUGCUCAUGUGGAGCAUGUUCUUCUUCCUCGUGGCAUUCUCCUACGAAUGGUGUAGCCCUGGAGAUGCUGUCUCUAGGGGCACCGUUGGCACAGUACUGCUGACCGUCUGCGGGCUCGUCGUAUGGUGCAUAUCUGUGGCAGCAGAUAAGCGUGCGCCAUGGUGGUGGGAGUCAGACCAGCCGAGCGUGGUCAGCAAAGAGACUAGCGAAGUGACCAACAUGCGCAAAGAUAAUAAGAGUCAUGGUCUGGCUUCUCGUUUGGGCGGCUGGUUUGCCACCACCAAGAAGCGAGUUUCGGUGGUCUCUGUUCGUAGUGUACGCAGCGGACCGCCACCUCUCACCCGAGAAAUGACUCGGACAUCCGUACCACUCAUCUCGUUUAGGCGCGCGACGGUCAGCCGGCAGGCUCCACCCAAGAUCACCGUGACCCAGAGACCUGAAUCGGGGGAUGUAAAUGGCACGAUUCGUACCCCGGCAUCAGAGGCGGGGCCAGGCUACUCAUGA